UGAUGAACUCCACUAUUUAGUCAGUCCACGUUACAGUGAAUUUCAUAAAAGAGGUCUAACUAAAAGUCCUUUCCAUCACUUUAACUAUAUAUUUCUUCCAAACAAUUUGUAUUUAAAGGUGAACUAAAUAUUUACCACAGUUUAUAGUACGAUAACCAACUAUGAACAAUGUUUCAACAAAACCAGGUUGUCGUUUUAUGCAAUACGCCGCAGCAACGUCAGCUGCAUUAUCAUCCGCGGCAUCAUCAGCUUAUGGUGUUUGGACAUCACCGGCACUUCCUAUUUUACAAUCGGAAGCGUCCCCAAUAGGUAGAUCAAUUUCCGACGAGGAAGCAUCAUGGUUAGUUUCAUCUUUUCUUUUAACGUCAAUUAUUGGAAUUGGUCUCAGCGGUUGGCUAAUCGAACGUAUCGGUAGAAAACCACCCUUAAUUAUUGCUUCCGUACUACAAUUUCUUCCGUGGAUUGCAAUUAUUUUAGUAACAAGUUUUGAAGGCAUUAUGAUUGCAAGAGUAAUUGGAGGUAUUGGAUGCGGAAUUUCAAUUGUUGCUUGUGCGGUGUAUAACACUGAAAUUGCAGACCGUGAUAAUCGUGGAAAGUUGGGAACAUUUUUUAUGGCGUUAAAAUUAACCGGAUCACUUAUCGUUUUGGGUAUAGGCCCCUACGUAUCGUACACAACCCUUGGAAUCAUCUGUGCAAUUUUUCCCAUUUUAUCCAUAAUUUCAUUAAUAUUUAUUCCCGAAUCCCCGUAUUAUUUAACAAAAGUCGGUAAUUUCGAUGGUGCAAGAAAAAGUGUUAUAUCAUUUGCCGAGAGUAAUUCUAAAGAAGAAAACAUUAAUGUGACAUUAGCGGAAUUAAAAAAUAGUGUGCAAAGUGAUAUGAUGGACAAAACUAGUAUUUGGGAAUUCUUAUCUCAAAAAAAGUAUAGAAGAGCUCUUAUAGUUAUGGCAUGUGUUAAAACUUUACAACAAUUUUCUGGAUUCGCGGCAAUUGAGGCAUAUAUGCAAACAAUUAUUUCAAAAACUGAUAGCGUGAUUUCUCCAGAACAAUCCAGUACAAUAUUUGGCGUGGUUCAAGUGCUAGGAGUGUUCGCGGCAAGUUUCAUGGUGGACAAACUCGGGCGGAAACCGCUUCUCGUCGUCUCAGCCGUGGGUUGUGGACUUUCUUUGUGCGGUGAAGGCGUAUAUUUCUAUAUACAGAAUGAAACUGUGUACGGCACGAAUGGCAUUAAGUGGAUGCCAACAACGGGGAUCGCCCUAUUUAUGAUUAUGAGCGCAAUCGGCAUUAUAAGUAUACCGUACGUCCUGCUCGGCGAACUCUUUCCGGCCAACAUAAAAGGAAUUGCGGUCUCUAUCACCACCAUGUACGGAACCGUACUUGCCUUUGCGGUCUCGAAAUCGUUCGACCCGAUUUCUAGAGCUCUCGGUAUCCACUCGAUGUUUUGGCUUUACUCUGCCAACUGCUUGGUGGGUGCCGUUUUCGUCUUGUUCUUGUUACCGGAAACUAAGGGAGAAACGUUUGCCGAUAUCCAAGAUAAAGUGAAUAGUAAAGGUCAAAAAGGUAUUUACUAUUUUGUAGUUUAAGUUUUCUAUUGUUAUAUUUAUUUAUAAAUAU